GUACUUUUUAUAUAUCUUUACAAAAAAGACUCUGACUAGUCGUUCUCUUGGCAGGCUACGGAAACUAGGUCACGAUUUUCCGUUCGUGUUUCAUCGGGGCUUUUAUACUUCUGUAACUGAUUUCCGAGAUACUUCUAAAUUCUUGGAAGUAUAAUUGAAAGGUCACCAGGAGAUGACCCUGAAUGGAGUUUCUUCAUAUCCUUGUGUAGCGAUCUAUUUGAGCGGAUUAAAGGAUCUGAUUUUAAUCAGAUUGAUUUUUUCCUAUACUCGGCACUUAGGGCCAUUGAGUAGUGAGGGAUCUUUUUCGUACCAGCACCUACUGCGACACGGGACUUCGGUUUAUACGGUCUCAUCUGAAGAACCGGCUCCACAUUUCACAGAGGGAUUCGAACCCGCGAUGUAAGGAUCUAUUCCUUACUUUGCAACGCUAUAACCACUGCGCCAUGCGGGCGAAUCAACAAAUGAAGAGAUCAAGAAAGAAAACAUGUUCAAUCAGUUGUUGUUGACUCAGAAUGGGCCUGCAAAUCGAUCAGGAGGUCCAAGUGCUGUAGCCACCUUUGCCUCAGCGGGCGCUUUUUCCAUUCUAAGUAUGACCGCUACUGCGCCUUUGGACCGGGUCAAGCUACUACUGCAGUGUCAACAUGAACUGAGGAGAACAGGUCGUCUGUCCACGCCGUAUAGAGGCGGUAUGGAAUGUGCCUUACGGAUAUACCGAACUGAAGGCUUCAUUUCACUUUUCAGAGGGAAUCUUAUCGCAUGUAUCAAGUCCUUUCCCUCACAAGCGAUGAAUUUUGCAAUGAAAGAAGCAGUAAGGAAAAUGAUUAGAGUUUCAAAAGAGGAACAUGCUUAUAUCAAAUUAGCUAAAAAUCUCUGUGCUGGAUUUUUCGGAGGGUUUACUACACUUUUUGCGUUGUAUUCUCUGGACUAUUGUAGAACCAGGCUGGCGGCCGAUGUAUUACAAACAGGAACUGAUGGGACGAAGAAGCGGCAAUUUUCGGGUAUCAUUGAUGUGUACAGACAGACGAUUCGUUCUGACGGAGUUGCGGGACUUUACCGCGGGUUCAUGGUAUCUUGUCUGGGUAUAAUUGUCUACAGGGGCGCUUACUUCGGCUUCUACGACACUCUUUCUCCGAUGCUCGUGAAUGCCGGUCAGUUCAAAAUAUUUUACGCUUUCGGACUGGGGUAUGGAGUUACGGUACUUGCUGGUCUGGUAUCUUAUCCACUGGAUACGAUCCGGAGGCGGAUGAUGAUGAGAAGUUGUGAGGAGGUCAAGUACAAGGGUUGGAUUGAUUGCGCCCGUUAUGCUAUCAAAAAUGAUGGCUUCUUAAGUUUAUACAGAGGGGUGUUUGUGACCAUUGUUAAAGGCUUUCUUGGUGUACCGUUUUUAAUCGGUUGGGAUCUCCUCAAGAAGAAUCGAUGAAACUAAUAAAUUUAAUAACUUUUGUGAAGUGUGUAUUAGAAGACAAAAUAUUUUUAGGAUUUAUGAAAUUAAAUAGAAUAUAUUUCCAUUAAUAUUCUGCUUUUUUGUUAUUCAAAUGAAAGAUAUUUAGAUGGAAGAGAAGGAUUCAUGAAUUAUUUCCAAAAAUACCAGUGCUAGAGUACAAGUACAAUAACCAUUCUUUCUCAAUCCAGAGUUGUCGUUCCCACUACGCUGCAAAUACACUGAUGUCAAUGUUUGUUAUGUAAGAUUCUUGGAAAUAUUGUA